AUGGUUGCGAAACAGAAAAACGUCCCUCUCACUACCAUGUCCUCGUUAAGUGGGAGAGAGAAGAAGGCGGCAUCAGCUAUAGCAACUAAACUCACAGAUGGCGCAUCAGAUGAAUUCGAAUUCGGUGGCUCUAUUGGUGCUGCCUUAUUGAUGACAGGCUUUCCCUUGCUAAUGUGGUAUAUGUGGAUAGGUGCAACCUAUUAUGACGGAAAUCUACCUUACCCCAAGAGCAACCAGUCGUGGCUUGAAUUUGCUCAGCACCUCUCUCAGCUGGUAUAUUUGGGGGCGUAUCCAACUGCAAAAGCUUGGGCAAUAUAUUGGAUCUUCUUCAUUAUGGAAGCCGUCAUGUAUUGCUAUAUGCCCGGCGUGUCUAACCAUGGUCGACCACUGAGACACGAAGGCGGCAAGAGGCUUCCUUAUUACUGCUCUGCAUAUACCAGCUUUUAUGCGACGUUGGUUAUUGCUGCCGCGUUACAUAUUACUGGUCUAUUCCCGCUGUACACUUUGAUUGACGAUUUUGGGCCAAUCAUGACCGUCGCUAUCCUGUCUGGAUUUAUCAACAGCUUCAUCGUCUACUUCCAAGCCAUUGUGCGCGGACGAACACACAGGCUCACGGGAUACCCCAUCUACGACUUUUUCAUGGGCGCUGAAUUGAAUCCUCGCAUUGGUAUCCUGGACUUCAAAAUGUUCUAUGAAGUGAGGAUCCCUUGGUUCAUACUGUUUCUCAUUACCUGUUCUGUGGCUGCUCGUCAGUAUGAAACGUACGGCUACGUUUCUUCUGAGGUAAUAUUUCUAGCUGCUGCUCACUUUCUAUACACCAACGCUUGCGCCAAAGCUGAGCAAAUGAUUAUCACAAGCUGGGAUAUGUACUUUGAGAAACUCGGCUUCCUCCUCACCUUUUGGAACAUGGCUGGUGUACCAUUUACCUACUGUCACUGUGCUCUUUACCUAGCUAACCACAAUCCAUCCGAAUACCGCUGGAAUCCAUUGGCUCUCACGCUUUUUAGUGCGGUAUACAUUUUCAUGUACUGGAUGUGGGAUAGUGCCAACGGCCAAAAGAACGCAUUUCGCCAUCAAGAAAAGGGACAACUCAUGAAGCGCAAUACUUUUCCGCAGGUUCCCUGGCAGUCUUUGGAUAAUCCCAAGACCAUCAAAACUGACGCAGGCGAUCAAAUCUUGGUUGAUGGAUGGUUUGCCAUUAUCCGAAAGCCAAACUACGUUCCUGAUAUGUUCUUUUCUAUGGCCUGGGGGCUAAUUACCGGCUUCAAGUAA